AUGAAGGUCGUUCGCGUUGUUGGAUACCACCAGGACUUGAAGCUCGAGGAAGCCGAGCAGCCGAAAGUCACAUCGCCGUUGGACGUCAUUGUCAAGAUUGGAGCAGCGGGCGUCUGCAGGACUGAUCUCCACAUCCUCGAAGGUCAAUGGGCAGAGAAGUCUGGUGUUAAGCUCCCAUACACGAUCGGACACGAGAAUGCUGGCUGGAUCCACGAGAUUGGCGAAGCAGCGAGCGGCCUGAAAGUUGGUGAUGCAGUUAUCUUGCACCCUCUCGUGACUUGUGGACUUUGUCGAGCAUGUCGUUUCGGUGAUGAUGUGCACUGUGAGGCGAGUGCUUUUCCAGGAAUCGAUUCGGAUGGAGGCUACGCGGAAUAUCUGAAGACUACGGCUCGCAGCGUGAUCAAGCUGGACCCAAAACUUGAGCCAUCCGAUGUUGCCGCCUUGGCUGACGCUGGCUUGACAGCCUAUCACGCCGUUGCCAAAGCUGCGCGAGUUCUGCGACCUGGUGAGGUGGUGGUCAUGAUCGGAGCUGGCGGCCUAGGACACAUCGGUAUUCAGGUCAUGAAGGCCAUCUCGGGAGCGACGCUCGUGGUCAUCGACCAGAAUCCGGAUGCUCUGGCGCUGGCCAAGAAGCUGGGAGCCGACCACGUUAUCCAGUCCAAGGAGGAUGGAAGCUUCGUGAAGGAAGUGCAGGAUUUGACCGGAGGCAAAGGAGCCGAAGCAGUGAUUGACUUCGUUGCUGAAGGCGGUUCGACGGCGACUGGAGUGAAGAUGCUCCGUCGAGCGGGCAACUAUUACAUUGUCGGCUAUGGCGAGAACCUGAACAUCCCGACCAUCGACAUCAUCUCAACCGAGAUCAACUUCAUUGGCAAUCUCGUUGGCAGCUACAACGAUCUCGCGGAGUUGAUGAUCCUCGCGGCUCAAGGCAAAGUCGUUCUCCACACGAGCAAGUACAAGCUCGAAGAUUUCCAGCAAGCCAUCGACGAUCUCUCAGCUGGCAAGCUGAUCAUGGCCGACAAUGAGGUAAAGAGCAAGGCUUCGGCUGAGCAGGAGGACAAGACGUUGGCCGAGCAGCAGGAGAACGAGGAGGAAGGCGAAGAAGGAGAGGAGGACGGCGAGGAAGAGAUAGCAGCAGAUGGUGCGCCUUCAAAGAAGAAGCGCAAGCCCAGAAAGAAGAAAAAGGCAGCAAGCGAUGACACAGCUGUAGCUCGCCAGGACCAGCCGAAAGCCUCUGUCCAAGACAUACAAGCGCUGCUACAACAACUGGCUGUCUCGCAAGGUAAUCCGAAGGAGGGCAAGAAGCCGGAGGAAUACAAGUUCUGGAACACACAACCAGUGCCGAAGUUCAGGGAACCCAAUCUCCUGCAGACCACAGAUGGAGGAGAAGGCGAGUCGCUGGCCGAGGGACCGAUUCUACCUCCAACUGUGUGCAAGAAGGUCGCAAAGCCAGAGCUGGAGAAGCUGGUCGAUGGUUUUGAAUGGUGUGGUAUCGACUUGGAAGACAAAGAGGAGCUGCAGGAGUUCUACGAUUUGCUGUAUAACCACUACGUGGAGGACACGGAAGGAUCAUUCCGCUUCAACUACUCGAAAGAGUUCCUUGCGUGGGCAUUGAAGCCGCCAGGCUGGACAAAGGAGUGCCAUAUCGGCGUGCGUACGAAGACAGGCGACGACGGCAAGAAGGGAAAGCUGGUCGCAUCCAUUGCUGGUAUCCCAGUUUCCCUCACAGUCCGCGGAAAGCAAGUCGACGCCUGCGAGAUCAACUUCCUCGCCAUCCACCGAAAACUGCGCAACAAGCGUCUUGCUCCAGUGCUUAUCAAAGAGGUCACGCGGAGAUACUACCUUAAUGGUAUCUACCAGGCGCUCUACACCGCCGGCACCCUGCUUCCCACACCCGUCAGUACAUGCCGAUACUACCACCGCUCUCUGGACUGGGAGCAUCUCUACAAGAACGGAUUCAGCCAUCUGCCGCCGCACAGCUCUGAGUUGAGGAUGAAGCUGAAGUACAAGCUGGAAGACAAGACCGCACUUAAGGGACUGCGGCCGAUGAAGCCAGCAGAUAUUCCAGCCGUGAAGGAGUUGCUGUCUCGUUACAACGAGCGUUUCCAUCUCCGACAGAAUUUCACCGAGGAAGAUGUUGCGCAUUACCUCUGCUCCGACAUCUCCAAAGGCGUAGUGUGGAGCUACGUGGUGGAAGAGAAGGGCAAGAUCACUGACUUCAUCUCCUACUACCUCCUCGAAUCCACCGUUCUCAAAUCCUCCAACAAACGCGAAACCAUCCGCGCCGCCUACCUCUACUACUACGCCAGCGACUCCGCCUUCCCCUCCUCCACCUCCAAAGCGCCCUCCAACUCCACCCAAAACGCCCUGCAAGCGCGCCUCCAACUCCUCGUCCACGACGCUCUCAUCCUCGCCAAAAAGGACGACUUCCACGUCUUCAACGCCCUCACUCUGCUCGACAACCCGCUAUUCCUCAAGGAGCAGAAAUUCGAACCGGGAGAUGGGAAGUUGCAUUAUUAUCUGUUCAAUUGGCGGACGGAGAGUCUGAACGGAGGGGUUGAUGAGAGGAAUCAGAUUGAUGUGACGAAGAUGGGUGGGGUGGGAGUUGUGAUGUUGUAG